AUCCGUAGCUACUCACUCACCUGCAGCCUGACUGACUCCUCCAUCCCCGCAGGAGAUCAGCUGGUUCCUGGAGACCCAGGCCCCUCCCCUGAAGCCGAGGAGGACCCCGGAGAGCUCUUUUCCUUUGAAGACAGUGACAUUGAUGAUGGGGACACCCGUGUUGGCCUGGGUGGCCCGGGCAUUGCUCAGAAGGACCCAGACGCCCCACUGAUCCACUUGGACUCUGCCCCUGUCCAUGACCCAGAACCCGAGGCUGCAGCUACACCCCAGACACAGGUGCCCACGGGGCUGAGUAAUGCUGAGGACGCUGUGGAGGCUGCUUCUGCUGGAGCCCAGCACUCCAGCUGGAAACGCAAGAGCUCCCGUCACACGGAACGGUUCACUUUCCCCACCCUGGACGAAGAUGUGAUCUAUGAGGACGUCCCCUUCGAGGACGAUACCCACCCGCCAGGAGCAGAGAGCGGCCUGCUGGGUGAGCACUUGCACCGGGACGGGGCGCCCCGAGACGCGGAGGACCUAGGCUGGAGCUCCAGCGAGUUUGAGAGCUACAGCGAGGACUCAGGAGAGGACACGAAGCCAGAGGCAGAGCCCGCCAAACACCGGGUGUCCUUCCAGCCCAAGCUGUCUCCAGACCUGACCAGGUUAAAGGAGAGAUACUCCAGGACUAAAAGAGACAUCCUGGCUGUGAGAGCUGGGGGGAGAGGCACGCAGGAGCUGAGACACAAGUAUGACUCCAAGAUGACCCAGCUCAUGAAAGCCGCCAAGAGCGGAACCAAGGACGGGCUAGAGAAGACCCGCAUCGCCGUCAUGCGCAAGGUGUCCUUCCUGCACAGAAAAGAUACCCUGGGUGAGGCACGGGGGGCCGGCCGGUCAGGGUGGGGGGCCCGGCCCCGAUGGUGGGGACCAGUGGACGAGCUUGGGCUCCGUGGCCCUGAGGGCUCCUAAGGCCUUGUGGUUGGAGACC